AUGGGUUUGAUUGGGCGAUCACUAUCGCUUUCCUCGGAUACUGUUUCGUUGCUUCAAUUCCCUGGUGAAAUCUUCAUGCGAUUGCUGAAACUGAUGAUUUUACCGUUGGUGGUGGCUUCAUUGAUCUCCGGUUUUGGAACGCGUGUUGGCCUAUACAAUGAUUUGCGGGGGCCAGCCGAUGAUCAAGGCGGUUUCGAACCUCGACCGUGUGGCCACAAUGGACCUCUAACCGACUGCGCCACACCCGCCCGUUAUCAUGACUUCCAAUCCUUAGCUCAAAUGGAUGUGAAGAAGUCCAGCAAGAUGGGCGUCGUGACUUUACUUUACUACCUUACAACUGUAUUUCUAGCAACAAUAUUGGGCAUAUUUUUGGUGCUGUUAAUACAUCCAGGAGAUCCACGGUUGAGCUCAGGUCUGGCUAUUGCGGAAACUAACAAAAUCUCUGCGAUGGAUACAAUUCUUGAUUUGAUUCGGAAUAUGUUCCCUGACAAUCUUGUCCAAGCGUCAUUUGAGAGAACGCAGACGAUCUACAGAAAAUCUCCCUCUUCAAACGUCAAUGGUUCUGUGGAAGAGAUUACAAAGGAGGUGGCUGAGCAACGAGGAAUGAAUAUUUUAGGAAUAAUUGUAUUCUGUAUCGGCUUCGGUAUCGUAACGUCAUACUACGCGGAAAAGGUAUCCAUAAUGGUUAAUUUCUUCUUGGCGUUGGACCGAAUAAUAAUGAAAUUGAUGCUUUCAGUGAUGUGGUUUGCACCUAUUGGUAUAACCAGUUUGAUAUGUGGAAGCCUAUUGGAAUUGGACGAUAUAUGGAAUGCAGCUAAUGCCAUGACAAAAUACAUUCUAACAAUUCUCAUCGGUCUCUUCAUUCAUUCUUUUAUCACUAUCCCAUCUCUGUAUGUGAUAAUUACUCGCAAAAACCCGUUGAAUAUUUUUAAGUACAUGAUGGAAGGAGGAAUCGCAGCGUUGGGUACUUCAUCGUCGGGCGCAGCUCUACCACUUUCCAUAAAUGGUCUGGAACAGUUAGGUGGUGUAGACGAACGAGUUGUACGUUUUGUCCUACCACUCGGAGCCACUAUUAAUAUGGAUGGAUGUGCCCUCUACGAAGCAGUAGCAGUAAUAUUCAUCGCUCAAAUAAAUAGCGUCCAUCUGGGAUUUGAGCAAAUUGUCACUGUCAGUGUGACCGCCACUAUCGCAUCUCUGGGCCUGAAUGCUGUGCCAGCAGGACUGGUAUCCAUCCUUCUCAUACUUAACACAGUAGGAUUGCCUGCUACCGAAGUCCCACUACUAUUCGCAGUUGAUUGGAUGCUAGACAGAAUAAGGACCUCUCUGAACGUAUUUGGGGAUGGGUUCGCAGCGAGCGUAGUCGAGACCGUUCUAAAGAAGCAGCUGGAUUCAGCGCCUGUGGAUGUGCCAGAGAAUACACGAUCUCAUGGAAAAUCUGUUUAA